AUGAGCCUUGCUGAUCCGGAUCGAUUCGCUCAUCGCCGUGACACACGCUCGCUGAUUGAGUCCGUUUAUAGAGAGGUGUGGAAUGAGUUCUACGCUUGGGAGCAGCCAUAUUCUGCUCGCGUUAUAGCUUCCCUUGCGGGCACUUCCGAUAGACGGAAGGUCCUUGACGUGACAUCUCAGGCAGGCUCAGAGAGUUUAUGUGAUCUAGUUGUGGAUCCGCAGACCAGACCCUCGGAGCCCAUAGUGGUUGAGACUUACAAUGAAGACGGCUCGGUCACUGUUACUGAAGUUCCCUGCGAGGAACUUCCUAUCUACGACGACAUGACUCCGCAUCCCAGUUAUGAUCACUGCACCCCGAUGAUCCAUUCGGUGUCUUUUUCGGCGGAAGAGCGUCCUGAUCUCAUGGCAUUUAUUCCAUACGCUGACGAUCCAGAGUUUCCACUUGAAGAAUAUGCCCAAGAAUUCGCAGAAUUCGCAUGGCAAGACAACUCGCGCGAAUUCCGGGAUCCUGACCAUGAGGUGAUACAGGCAGAAGCACUUCAGCGGCUGCACAUCGACCACGGGGUUAGCCUUGAGGAGAUCGACAGGCAUGAUAUUCUGCCUGAGAGCCGUAGACACAACGCGAGUGGCCUUAUAUGGGAUAUUCUUCAGCGCGAUCCGCUGCCUUGGCCGGGCAACCCGUCGGGCUCGGUUCGCGUGCCUCUGAAAUCAUUCGAGGUGGCUGAGGAAGACUUGCGCGGGCGUCUCGACCGCCUCUCCGCCAAAUUCUGUCCUAGCCUCAAUUGUAUGACCUACGGUUGCUUGUUGCACCCUGAGCCCACCCCAAAAUUCGCUCCUUUGAGAGCGCGAACGACUGCCGAUGGUCUCCUCCUGCGCCCCGGCGAGCCCUGCGACAGACAAUGUUUCCGGCACGCGGACGCUCUCAGACAGGCGAGGAACAUUUUCACGCCCGCACGCCAUAUACUGACCAUUUGCGGUAAAACCGCAGGAUCUCGUGCUGUGGAAGCAGUCGGACGUCGACGAGCUCCGAGUCAUCCUCGAGAUCUUUCCAGAUGCAGAUCCAUGCGACCUCGCGGUGCUCUGUCACAAGCCGUGCUACGAAAGCUCAUUCCGGACGAGGACGCGUACGACGUGGACACGACGGAGACCACGACGAGAAGGGUCGAAGAGAAAUUCGUGGACGAUAAGCUAGGUCAGCAUAACGGGUACGUGAGGACCGCGCCGUGCGUCCACACCGGGCCCUGCGACGCAUCGUCCGGAUGCGCGUGCUUCGAUAACCAACUGCAUUGCUCUAGGAACUGUCGCUGCAAGCUUCAAUGUACGAGGAGGUGGAAGGGGUGCAAGUGUGCUCACAAGUGGAGCAACUGCGGGGCGAAGAACCGUGAGCACCCAGACAUCUGUCCUUGUCGCGCGUCGGGAAGAGAGUGCAACGUCGAGCUAUGCGGAUGCGGCGUCAAGUACCACCACGAUGCGCCAAAACAGGAGUAUGGAUUCAUUCCCCAAUACCAUUAUUGGAACAGUAUUGACAAGGCCCGUGGUCUGACAGAGGGCAUCAAAAAAUUGUGUUCCAACGCAGCCAUACAACGUGGGGACCAAGCGAGUCUUGAGAUCAGAAGAGGAAUGUACGGGCUCGGUGCAUUCGCACUCAGGACGAUCGAAAAGGACCAAUACAUCGGCGAGUAUGUCGGCGAGCUGUUCUCGGCAAAUAGAGGCGACGUGGUACUCGAGUGUGUUACACACUGCCUAGUAUUCGUCUGUGUGAUCUCAUUCUCUCGCCCGUAUCCAGUGUCAUUGGCAGAUAUCGCCAUCUGA